AUGAAAAAUGACUUAAAGAGAAAUAGCAGGGGAUAUCCUCCAAGAAAUAUCCUCGAAUUAAAUAAAAUAGGCGAGACUUUUCUUUCAAGCAAAAGCCCUGGAUUGCCUUUACGCAGAGAUUUAGAAGUUCCAAUCAAACCAUCAAUGCCAUUUGAUGACGGAAUAAAAGCAUAUAAAGCACGCGAUUUCCAAAACUGCUUGGUAAUGUUUUGCUUGGGGGGACAGCUUCGAUACGCCCUUUGUAUAAUGAAUAGUAAAGGCGUGAGACAACCACAACAACCGCUUCCACAAUGGGAUAACACGACGUCUGUCGCUGCUGCUAUUUCUUCACAGCCUCCACCGAUAUACGAAUACAUGUAUCAUAGUGGGGCACAACGUUAUUUGUCGAGGCCAACGCCACCACAACCGCCAGCUCCACCUUCUUUAAACGGAAUGGGAUUCGAUGACUUAUCGCCGUAUGAUUUUCCGUGUGCUAGUGCUAGUGUUUCCUUGCUGGCACCUCGACAAAUAAAAGAAGAAAAAUUAUCGAGAAGUCCAUUGAUGCCAUUACUUGGCCAGGAUACAUCAAUGUCAUUAGAUACACCACCUAAUCUACGCAUGUGUCCUCAACAAAUUCAUUAUCAGAAUCAACAUUCUCAGCAACAAGAACAAUUACAAAAUGAACAACAACAUUAUCAGGAACAACAACGAGCUCUACAAGAACAACAGCAGCAACAGUUACAAGAACAGCAGCAGGAACAUCAGGACGAACAACAAAUGCAAGAUUCUGAACCACAACAACAACAAUUCCAAGAACAAGAACAAAAUUCCUCAGAGCAACACCAACAAUUAUCGGAACAAAAUAUGCAACACCAAGAUGAUCAUCAAUCACAUUCAAAACUUCAUAAUCAUCAUCAUUUUCAACAACAAAAUAUUUCAAAUACCACAACAUCAACGACGACAACAAUAUCCUUACCAGGUUUAGUUAUUGAAUCGGAUGGAUUACCGAUGGAAACACCGAAAAAAUCUGCUGCCCGUCGAGUAUGGAGUCAUACAGAGACGAAAUAUUUUUUGAAUACAAUGCAUCGUUAUUACCAUAAUAUACAAUCUGCAUGUACAAACAAUCAAAAAGGCGAACUAUGGGAUCGAGUUGUCGAAGAACAUAAUCGACAUUACCCAGAGAGAAGUAAACGAUCAUGUCAGCAACAAUGGGAACGAUUAUUUUGUCGAUACAAGGCAACAAAACGACACAACAAUCAGCCAGGAGUGACUCCAGUGUUAUUUGAAUAUAAUGAAGAAAUAAAAGCUAUAGUGGGCGAGAUUAAUAGCUUUACAGACACAUACGAAGAGAAAGCAGGAAUUUACUUGGAUCGAUUCUCGCUAGAACGAUUUACAUUAAAUAGAACUUCCUCAUCGUCAUCUGCUGUUGCAAAUAUUGUUUCCAUGCCACCAAUUGGAUUUGAAUCCUCAUUUUUGUCAUUCGAUUCAUCUGCAUCACCUAUCAUUGAAUCUUCGUUACAUGGGAUAAACAACAACAAUCACCAUCAUAAUAAUCAUCACCCGCAAAAUAAUACCAGUAAUGGAAGUAUAACACUAAAACGUGCAGCAGCAGAAGCUCUAAUGAUUAUAGAUGAAGGAACAACAUCCACAUCUUCAAUAGGGAUCAAUAAUAGUGGAAGCGGGAGUGGUGGGAUAAUAAAUCAGCAACAACGUAAGAAUAAGAAACCAAAAACUAAUAUAGAAAAAUUAUUCGAACUUCUUGAAAGACAACAUCAAGAAGAUCAAGAACGAAAACGUGAAGAACGACAAAGGUGGGAAGAAUAUCAACGCAAAAAUGAAGAAUUUAAGCAACAACUUGUCGAUGCAUUUAAUGGAUUAGUAGAAAAAAAUCAGCUACCUAGCUGGCUAUGCGCCGGCGCAUCCAAAUGGAUUCAUAAACGUUAUCAGGGAGUGUCCCCAAAUUUUGAGGGUGCCUCGAUUAAAAUUCAUCUCUUGUUAUUGCCGUUACGUUUAUUUUUUCCCGCUCAAACAGCAGGUCCGUUUCUUUUGUAUAAAUGCAUAAUACGAAAUUGGUAUUCGCAAAGUAAAAUUCGUUAA